AUGCGUAACGAUAUUUAUCAAAAAAGAAAUCAGGCACGAGAAACAGAAGAAGAGAGGAAGGAAGAAGUUACAAAGUCAAAAGAACAGUUGGAAGCUGAAAAACGUGCUAUUUUAGAACAACGUAUACAACCAUUGAAUAUUGGUGGUUUUAAUGCUGAUCAAUUAACGAAUAAAGCUAAAGAAUUACACGAUCUUAUCUGUCGAUUAGAGGGUGAUAUUUAUGAUUUAUCACAACGUUUCACAUGA